UGGAGUUUGAAGAUUCUUAAAUUUUUUUUUAUUUUUUAUGUCUCAUUUCUAGCUGAGUUAUUUUUUGAUGGAGUCUCAACAAAGGACUGCGCUGUGCUGGAGGAUUGAAUGCUGCAGGCUUUCACGGCUCAUGUGGAGGUUUACAAUCGGGGCAAAGAAGUGAACGAUGACAAGAAAACUCAACGGAGAAUCUUUGAAACUCCCUCACGGAUAAACGGAUCUCUUCAGGAUCUCAUCCCAAAUGUUUUCAGUACAACAUUGGAGCCAUUCAGAAGAGGAGCACUAAAGCAGAGUCCUCUGAGAGAAUAAAGAUGUCUGAACUCAGCCAAGUCGCUGUAUACCCUGACUCCUCAGAUAUUUAUAAGAAUGUGUUCUGCAAUCCCGCCUUCGAGCUGGAGGGGGAGAAAGAGGAGCGGGUGGAGGGAUUCAGGACAUCCUCUUCUACACCUGAACCAAUCAAACCUUCAGCAGCCAGCCUACCCUGGGGACUCUUUGGUGUGUAUGUGAUGCGUCUGCGUAGUCCAGGUUGUGGUUGGGGGGUGGUACUGGUCUCAGCUGCUGUCCUGCUCCUGUUAGCAGCCCUAGGACUGGCGCUGGUCCUCAUUCUCACACAGAUAAAAAGCCAGGCAGUGGAGGAUCAGUUGUCCACUGCGACUUCAGGCCUACAGCAUGCUGGGGAUGGACUGUCCCAUACCUUACCCACAGUCCCUAUCAAUAAAAGUCAGGAGGACAGUACAGCUGCACCACAGCCUGCCAGAAUCCCUCCAUCUGAAACAAGUUGUGGAGGUGUUUUGACCGACUCUGAAGGAAGUUUCAGUUCUCCAAAUCACCCUGGGUCCUACCCCUCAAACUCACUGUGUGUGUGGGUGAUUCAGGUCCCGCCCCCCUACCUGGUCCAGAUUCAUGUCUCCUCUUUGACUGUGGAGGGACCGUCUCCUUGUCUGUUUGACUGGGUGGAGGUGCGGGAGCAGAUUGAGCAGAGCUCUGUGGUCACCAGGUUCUGCGGUAAUGUAGCGCCACCAACAGUCAACACAAACAGCAGCACAGUGUGGGUCACCUUCCACUCUGAUGGCAGCAUCGCAGGCAACGGCUUCACGGCACAGUACAGGGCCAUACGCCCUGGACACAAAAGCUGCUCCAGAGAAGAGUUCAUGUGCGACAGUGGCCGCUGUCUCCUCCCCGUGUCUGUGUGCGACGGUCAUCCAAACUGUCACGACCAGACGGACGAGGCAAACUGCAGCCACAAGCGUAAAGAAUGUGGUGGGCAGAAGAUCGGGCCGUAUGGUUACCUGACAAGUCCAAAUCACCCCGGGCCUUACCCUCACCAGCAGUUGUGUAUAUGGCAUGUAUCUGUUGAGGAGGGUCAUGUCAUCACGCUAAGCUUCCGAAACUUCAGCCUGGAGACUCAGGAUGUGUGUGAGUUUGACUAUGUGGAGGUGCAUGACAGCAUCAGCACCGAAGCUGGAAGAGUCCUGGGAAGAUUUUGUGGUACCACCUUCCCCCCAGACCUGACCUCCUCUGGCCCUCAUAUGACAGUGGUGUUUGUGGCUGAUGAGGGAGUGGCCGACAGCGGCUUCAAUGCAACAUACCAGGCUGUGUCUGUACUGGGCAGGACAUGUGGCCCCAGCCAGUUUGCCUGCAGUACAGGCGAGUGUCUUCAGCAGCAGUGGUUGUGCGAUGGGUGGAAUGACUGCCCCGAUGGCACAGACGAGCAGAGCUGUGGCAACUCCACCUACCCUCCCUUCACCUCACCCUGUGAGUCCAUUGAGGUGGAGAUGUGUCAGGGCCUCAGCUACAACUUCACCUCAUUCCCCAACAUCUGGCUGUCUAUUGCUGACCAGAGAGAAGCUGCCACCCUCCUGGGACAGUAUCGGGUACUGAUGGAGCUGGCGUGCUUUGAGCCUCUGCAGAGGCUGGUUUGUGGGAUGUUUCUACCCCAAUGCAGCCCUCAGGGCGGCAUCCUCCAGCCCUGCCGCUCGGUCUGCUCCUCGGCUGAGCAGCAAUGCAGCCAAGCUCUGGAUCUCUUCUCCUUCAGCUGGCCCUUCAACUGCCACCUUCUACCUGACUCACAGGACCCCCUGGAGUGCUCACUGCCUUGAAGCCUGGAAACAAACGCUGCAUUAAAGAUCGUGUCAGGACCAACCAGGAAAUACUGGAGUGUUUGAGGAUGGUGCUUACCUUAGUGGAGACCAAGGUUUACAGUUUUAAACAGAGUUUGUAAUGCACAUGCUCAGUAUUUAUUAGUCCAUAGCAAUUUCUCAGAUACAGUUUCAAAGUAGAAAACAAAAAGCAAAGUGAAAGCUUUUGAUCUCCAACAGGAAUCAAACUGUUUUACUGUAAACUGUCUUAUUUAUUUAAUGUUUUGAUGUCAAUCUUGUAAAUUAAACAA